UCUUGUUCUUAUUGAACAAGAAACUAUGAUAUUUGUUUUGUCCCUUAGAUAUGUAUAUAUUCUACCAGUGACCUUAGUUUAAGCGAUAAAUCUUUACUUAACCAUGAUUUAUCCAUAAUAUUUAGGGGUGUGCAUAUAUUUUUAUAACCCGCUUGACCCGCUUGACCCGAUCAAAUCCAACCGAUAAAGGUCGGGUUAUAAUUGAAGCGGGUCAUUUGAAAUGUCAUGCGGGCGAAACCGCAGCUGAAGAACAACCCGUGUUCUCUCACACACCUCAGUCCCGACUCCAUCUCCUUCAUCUUCAACCCUAGCCCCCCUUCCUCUCUCUCUCGACUUCUCUCUCACCAACGUGAUCUCUCUUUCUCUCGCUCUCUCUCUCUCUCACACAGACGCUUGCGUGGGUCUCUCUCUCUCUCUUCGAUCGCAGCUCCAAGAUCAGCUUCGGCGUGGGUCUCCAAGGAGGUAUGUUCCUAAUGAUAGAUGAUGAUUCUGGUUUUUACUGAUUUUCGAGUUUGGCUAAUUGGUUUUUUUGCUAGUUCUAGGUUUAAGAUGUGGUUUGCUAGGAACUUUGUGGGUGAUUUUGGUGGUGUCCUGCUCUGGUUUUGUAUUGGAAGCCAAUGGUGAUGUGAUUUAGAGCUGGUUUUUGUUUGGGUCUGUGAUUAUGAAUUUUUGGUAGAUUAUUAUGAAUUGGGGCUGUGUUUUGGAGCUUGUUUGUGAAAAAAUCCAAGUCCAUGGUGUUUUGAUGCUCUGAUUUUGUAUUGGAAGCCAAUGGUGAUGUGAUUUAGAGCUGGUUUUUGUUUGGGUCUGUGAUUAUGAAUUUUUGGUAGAUUAUUAUGAAUUGGGGCUGUGUUUUGGAGCUUGUUUGUGAAAAAAUCCAAGUCCAUGGUGUUUUGAUGCUCUGAUUUUGUAUUGGAAGCCAAUGGUGAUGUGAUUUAGAGCUGGUUUUUGUUUGGGUCUGUGAUUAUGAAUUUUUGGUAGAUUAUUAUGAAUUGGGGCUGUGUUUUGGAGCUUGUUUGUGAAAAAAUCCAAGUCCAUGGUGUUUUGAUGCUCUGAUUUUGUAUUGGAAGCCAAUGGUGAUGUGAUUUAGAGCUGGUUUUUGUUUGGGUCUGUGAUUAUGAAUUUUUGGUAGAUUAUUAUGAAUUGGGGCUGUGUUUUGGAGCUUGUUUGUGAAAAAAUCCAAGUCCAUGGUGUUUUGAUGCUCUGGUUUUGUAUUGGAAGCCAAUGGUGAUGUGAUUUAAUUUUGAAAAAUGUUAGUAUCUUUCUAAGUUGGUGUAAAAACUGAAUGGGGUAUGCAUUUGUGUUGCAAAUUGUUUAUGGCUUGUCAAGAAAUGGGACAGCAAAUAAAUGAAUUUACUAUUUAUCAUUGGUCUUAAGCUUAUUUAAUAAUAGUAGAUGUUAUAAACUGCAAGGUUAAUUCUGUGAAUUUUCUAAUGUUAGCUAAAAGCUGUCAUGUAACUGACGAUAAAAUGAGUCAAUUAUUUAAACUAGACAAAGGGGUAGAGGCAUCAGAUACAAUUUAUUGCAUAUAUACUUUUCGAUUUGGCACUUAAUAAAAUUAUGUAGGUUUGGAACGAUUUUAUUAUUUUUAAUAACAAAUGCACCUUUAAUUCUUUCCUUUUUCUCUGUUUUCCUUUAAUAGAAUGGGAGUAAAGACUGCAGAGUUUUUCUUUAAUGUAAAAUAGAAAAAUAGAUAGGAAGUCAUAAGUGUUGGAGCUUACAGUCUUGCACUUUAUGCUAUCAAAUGGUCUUAAUUUUUACUUUAUCAGUCAUAAGUGUUGUAUUAUAUAUGUUGAUGCUUUCACUUUAUCAGAAAAUUACAUGUUAGAUACUAACAUACAUUAGGCUGCUUUGUCAUUUCAAUUUCAAUUGGUAUUCUUAUUUUCUCAUACUUUUAUUAUAUGUCAGUUCGUACCAUGGAUUCCUUCAGAAGUGACACUCCUACAAAUUUAAGAGACAAUGAGAUUUCUACUCCUUUAGCUUCAAACAUUAAUUUGUCUAGUAGUAGCAACACCAUCCUCCCUCCCAAAAGGAAGGCAAGUAAGGACCCAUCAACGGUGUGGGAACACUUCACAAAAAUAGAUGGAUGUUCAUUAAGUGACCCAAAAGCGGGGUGUAAUUAUUGCCACAAGACUUACGCUUGUCACCCCAAAAAACAUGGUACAUCAAGUAUGUUGCAUCAUGUUGGUGUUUGUAAAAAAAACCCUGAUAGAAAUAGACCCAAGGAUCAACAAGCUACACAUAAGUUUGAUCCAGAAGAUGUACGAAUGGCAAUUGCAGAGAUGAUAAUUUGUGAUGAGGUUCCGUUUAAGGUGGUGGAAGGACAAGGAUUUAGGAAGGUAUGUCAAUCACUAGAACCAAGAUUCCAAGUGCCAUCACGAACCACUGUAGCGAGAGAUUGUAUUAAACUAUUUAAAAAAGAGAAGGAGAAGUUGAGGAAAGUAUUUAAGGAAAUUGGGCGGGUUAGUUUAACUACUGACACUUGGACAUCCAAUCAGAACUUCAAUUAUAUGUGUCUUACUGCACACUUUAUUGACUGUGAAUGGAAAUUACACAAAAAAAUUAUAAAUUUUUGUUUAAUUCCUAAUCACAAAGGGGACACUAUUGGAAGGCAUGUGGAGUCGUGUCUACAGGAUUGGGGUAUUGAGAAGAUUUUUACUGUUACAGUUGACAAUGCUUCCUCAAACGAUGUUGCCAUUGAUUACUUAAAAAGAUUUGUGGAAGGUCAUUUGUUGGAGGGGAAGUAUAUUCACAUAAGGUGUUGCGCUCAUAUUAUGAACCUUAUUGUGAAUGAUGGGCUAAAAGAUUGUGAUGAUUCAAUUGCAAGGGUGCGCAAUGCGGUUAAAUAUGUUAGAUCAUCUCCUGCAAGAAUGGAAAAAUUCAAAAAGUGUAUAGAGAAGGAGAAAAUCAGUUGUUUAAAAUUAGUGUGCCUUGAUGUUCCCACCAGAUGGAACUCCACUUAUCUCAUGCUAGAAGUUGCAGAAACAUUUCAAAAACCAUUUUUGCGAUUGGAGAAUGAAGAUGGUUAUUUUUCUCGCUAUUGUCGUAGUGUGGGCUUGAGCCCCCCAAGCUCUAGUGAUUGGGUGAGAGUUAAAAUAAUGGUUAAAUUUUUGAAGAUUUUUUAUGAUGCUACUGUGAGACUUUCUGGCUCUUUGUAUGUCACAUCUAAUGCAUAUUUUCAAGAGAUUUGUGGCAUUCAAUCGCAUUUAUCAAAAAUGAGUCAAAGUAAUGAUCCAGUCUUGAAAGUUAUGGCUACGAGCAUGAAGAGUAAAUAUAACAAAUAUUGGGGAUCAAUUGAAAAGACUAACUUGAUGAUAUUCAUUGCUGUUGUUCUUGAUCCAAGAUGCAAAUUUAGUCUUUUGCAUUUUUGGUUCAAAAAAAUAUAUGGUGGUAAUUUAGUUGAAGAAAUGAUUGUAAAAGUGAAAGAAUUGAUGAUUGACAUGUACGGGGAGUAUAGUAUUAUGUAUGGGAGUUCAGGUGGAGUUUCAUACUCUGAGCCUCCUUCCUCAGUUGAUCCUAGUAUGAUUGAUUCUGAUUCUCAGCAAAGUUUUUGGGUUGAAUAUGAGCAAGAAAUUAUUGAAAGUAGUUUGAGGAACAAAUCAGAGAUUGAUCAAUACUUGGAACAUGGUUGUGAGGCACGAGUUCCAAAUUUUGAUAUUUUAGAUUGGUGGAAGAUCAAUGAAAUCAAGUAUCCUAUUUUGGCGAGAGUUGCACGGGAUGUGAUGGCCAUUCCUGUUUCUACUAUUUCUUCUGAGUCAGCCUUUAGUGCAGGGGGUCGGGUGCUUGACCCAUUUCGUUGUUCAUUAUCUCCAAGAACAGUUGAGGCACUUGUUUGUACUCAGAAUUGGUUAAAAGAUCCAAUAACUAUUGAUCUUCGUGCCUCGCUGGACAAUGUUGAAAGUUUUGAGGCAGAAUCAGAAUUUGAUCCCCAAUCAAGCUUUAUUUAUAUUGAUGAUGAGUGACUCAAGGCUUAUGGUCGACACAUUCUAUAUUUGUUGUUAAAGAUUCUUAUUUGAGGAUUGUUUAUUUCAUGUUCAUGAAUUUGUUUAAAAGGACUAGAAUAUUUUCCAUGGGAUGUAACGUAGUGGAUGGUUGGGAUGUAAUGUUUUAUUGAGAAAGGCUGGAAAUGAGAUAUUAAAAAAAAAGCUGGACAUUAUAUUCAUGAUAAUAUAUAUUUAUGGAUAUUAAUGUUUUA